UGGAUCAGGGCAUCAAUGAGCUCUCUGGCGGUACUUGGCAGCGUCAGAUGCACCGAUUGUUAAUGUCCCUUAGGUGCUCAGUUGGAUUUAGGUCAGAGGAACGAGAGGAUCAUUCACGAUCAUCCGGGCACUGUCCUGCACCAGGAGGAACCCAGAACCCACUGCACCAGCGUAAAGUCUGACAAUCACUCUGAGGAUUUCAUCCCAGUACCUAACAGCAGUCAGGGUACUGUUGGCUAUGACAUGGAGGUCUGUGCGACCCUCCAAGGAUAUACCUCCCCAGACCAUCACUGACCCACCACCAAACCGGUCAUGCUGGAUGAUGUUACAGGCAGCAUAACGUUCACCACGGCGUCUCCAGACUCUUUCACACCUGUCACUGUGGUGAAUGGGAAACAGGAGCUGAGCAGAUGCAGCAGGUACAGGCUGGAUGUCGUCAGAAAUCUCUCCGCUCAGGGAUUCAUCCCUGGCAGGGAUGUCAACCUCACUGACCUGGAGCAGGAGGGCUGUGUGGACGGGUGGAGCUACAGCAAAGACAUCUACCAAUCCACCAUAGUCACUGAGUUUGACCUGGUGUGCGGUGAUCAGUGGAAGCAGCCAUUCACCACCACAAUUUUCUACCUGGGAUUUCUUGCUGGAUCCUUCUUCUCAGGACAGCUCUCGGACAGGUUUGGAAGGAAGCCUGUUCUCUUCAUCACUAUGGCUCUUCAGACAAUUUUUACCUUUUCUGAAAUGUUUUCACCUUCUUGGACGGUGUUCUCCAUCCUCAUCUUCUUCAAUGGUUUGGGACAUAACUCCAACUAUGUGUCUGGUUUUGUGCUGGGCGCUGAGAUCUUGACUGGAAAAGUGCGGUUGCUGUUUUCAACUAUGGGUGUGUGUCUCGGCUUUGCCAUUGGCUACAUGCUGUUGCCUCUUUUCGCCUACUUUUUAAGGGACUGGAAAUCUCUCCUGCUGGGCGUCUCUCUGCCUGGCCUGCUCUACAUCCCUUUCUGGUGGUUCAUCCCAGAGUCUCCUCGGUGGUUGCUCUCUCAGGGAAGAGUGGAGGAGGCCGAGGCCAUAGUGAGAAAGGCUGCUAAGAUGAACAAAGUUGAGGCUCCACAGGUGAUCUUCGAAGAUUACAGUGCACAUGCUGAUGAGACAAAGACAGACCCGAAGAACCACCACAAUAUCUUCGACCUUCUGAGGACAAGAAACAUCAGAAACAUGACUCUCAUUCUGUGCCUGGUGUGGGUCACUAUUAGUGCUGGAUACUAUGGCCUGUCCCUGAACACAUCCCGACUCCAUGCUGACCCCUACAUCAGCUGUUUCCUCUCAGCAGCUGUAGAGGUACCAGCAUACGUUUCCAGCUGGCUGUCGCUGCGAUACCUUCCACGACGACUGUCUGUCAUCUGCACCAUGCUUAUUGCAGGGAUGUCGCUGUACUUCAUUCAGCUGGUGCCUCAAAGUUUAUCUGAGCUGGCUGUUGCACUGGAGAUGCUGGGUAAAUAUAGUCUUACCACAGGUAUAGCCCUGAUGUAUGCCUACACAGCAGAGCUUUACCCAACAGUGCUCAGGAACACAGCAACAGGGACAUGCACCACCGUUUCCAGAGUGGGCACCUGCGUUGUACCUUUCGUGUUACUGCUAGGUGAUUACUUUAGGUACAUGCCUUAUAUCAUACUCGGGUCUCUAUCUGUCGUGUCUGCCUUCGCUGCACUCUUCCUACCAGAGAGUUUUGGACAACCUCUACCUCAAACUAUUCAAGAGAUGCAGAGAAGACAGAGAAUGAGGUGCCCAUUCAUCACAAGAAAGGAAAAUUCAAAAUCUAUGGUGCUUUUCGAAAGUCAACUCUGAUUGUCUCAAACAUUACUUAAAGUUAUUAAUAAAUAUUGUACUAUUAACUGAA